GACCGAUCACAGUUGGCAGGUGGGGAGGUGAUUGUUGGUCAACAAAAGUUUAAUUUCAUUAUCUUCAGUUAUCUAGACUAGACUCUUGGGCGUGUUUCCCUAAAAUAUAAGGAGAUUCAGUAUUCUAACCGUCUUGUUUAUGUAGCAUCUAGGUCAGCUUUCUUAUAAUUAAUACAAAAAAAUGGUUGAUACCUAUACCAGACAUGCUAUACGUGUGUCUGUAGCCCAAAUAUGCCAAAUAAUUGGCUGGACUUCUAUCCACUCCAGCCCUCUCGAGAUUUUGACUGACAUUCUUCAAGAAUAUAUAUUCAAUCUUUCGAAAAUUGCAAGCAAUUAUGCAAUGUUAUAUGGUCAAACUGAACCCAAUAUGAAUCAUUUAGCAUUAGCAUUUAAAGACAUGGGGAUAUCUCUGAUUGAACUUGAAGAAUAUGUGACUUAUGUUGAGACUAGCUCUGUAUUAGAAGUGCCUAAGUAUCCUAUUCCAAAAGAGUCACAUCUGAACCACCUUAAACCAGGAAGCAGAGAAGUUGUUACACGACCAGUACAUAUUCAUGAACAUUUACCUCCUAUGCAUCCACAUUUAGAAGAUCGUGACUAUAUACUUAGUAAAUCUCCACUUUCUAUUGAUAUUACAACUUCAGAGAGCUUAUCACCAUUGUCCAGUCCUAAAAGUGUUUUUAAGAAACCUGGAGAUCCGGUUAUCAACGAAAGGCGUAGCAGGCCACUUUUAGAUGACAAUGAAGUUAGACCAUUGCGUGAAAUCAGUAGUGUGAUGAUGACGACAUCUGGGUUUCUUUCACCGGCGAGAGAAGGAAAACUGCCUGAAGCUCGUACUGUUCCAAUUGAGUUUAACAGAAGUUCAUUAUCACCAGAAGAUUCUAAUCUAGUAGAACAAAAUAUUGAGUUGAAAAUCGAUAAGAAAAAAAAACCUAAAAUUCCAGAUAUUAAGAAACUAGAUAAAGAAAAUAAAAUUAAGGAAGAAAAUCGGGAUCAAAGAGAAACCGAAGAUGAAUUCAAAGGUAAGAAGCUUUUAAAUAGUAAAGAGACAUCUAAAUUAAAAGCCUUAAAAACAGGUGCACAGAAAAUGCCUUCAAAACCUCCUUCGCCAUCACCAAUUCUAAAGAAACCCAAAGUUCAGCUUUCUCCAACAGCAAGUCAGGCCAGUUUUAUUAUGAAACCACAAAAAGAAAAAAGUCCUAAAAGUGAAAAAAAACCGCCAUCGCCACCUAAUAAAGAUUUAUUUGUUCCAAGUCUUCCAAUAUCUAGUAGAGAUUUAAAUUCUGAUACUGAUGUUAAAUUACCAUCUGAACCAGAUAAACAAAAGCUCAACAUUUUAAAGAAAAUUUCUAAAGUUAAAGAAGAACCAGAAGAUUCAAAGAAUUCUGUAGCUGAUGUGCGUGAAAAUUCAUCAUUUUCAUUUGAUCAAGUACCCCAUUCAACCCUAAUAAACAAGAAAAUUAUAAAUGAUAACAGUAGUUUAGGUAAAGAAUAUGAAGAUGAACUAGAAACUCCAAUUGAUGUAGAAAACGCUAGUCCCCCUGGUAAUGUUGAAUAUAACCGCUUGCCUCCUCCCGAUUUACCUAAAAUAACUGAAGUUCAGAAAAUCCCUGAAGUCAAAAAGAAAAAGAAAGAUAAAAAAGAAAAAAGAGAUAUGGAAAAUGAUAGAGAUUCUUACUGCAACAGUCAAAAAAGUAAAAAUCAAUUAGAUGAUUCUGGAAAAUCAAAGCAAAGUUCAGCAACACAUGACAUUAGUUUUCCAGAAGAAACCCAGACUCCAUCUUUCCCUAAUCUCACUUGUCCUGUUCCUCCUGCUCCUGGUCUUAUACCUUGGAGCAAUCCUCUUUUCUCCACUGCUAAUCCAGUAUCACCUGCCUUGAAUUUAAUGAAUUAUACCAAUUUUCCCAAGAAAUCUCAAGAUAUACCUACAACAACUGUUCAACAACCAAGUUUUUCAUCAACAUUUACUACUAAUUCUUCACAUACCCUGUCUGGCACAGCACCUUUACCGCCAUUUUCAAACAAGGAUAACACAGUACUUUUGUCUAAGAAGAAGGAGCGCAAGCGGGAAAAGAAACUGAAAGAAAAAAUGAAGAAGAAAAAAGAAAAAAAGGAAAAGAACAGAUCAAAAGAUAAAAGUGUGAAAAAGAAGCUCAAGUUGGAAAAAAAAGAAAGAGAGAAACUAAAAAUAAAGAAAGAAAAGAAAGAGAAAAAGAAGGAAAAAGAACUAGCCUCAGAGGAAAGAAGUGAAGUGAAUACUGUGCCAAAGAUAACUUUUAAGUUAGGUCCAGUAUCGCCCAAAGAUAGUUCUGCUGAAUCAUGCACAAGAAAAAUUGUUAUUAAACCUAUUAUAAAAAAAGAAGAAAAUGAAAAUGUUGCAGAAGCAAAUCCUUAUGUAGUACCUGAUAUUCAAAAAACUCCAUCUAAUUCUAACACUAUAAAGACUAAAAGUUCGAAAGCUGGGAAAUCACAUUUUCAAAUGAAACCUGAAAUUCCUGAAAAACCACCUAGUUUUAGUUGUGCACCAGUUCUCAGCAUCCCCAAACCUGAGACGGUUUCAUCUAUUACAAAAUGGGAUGGUGAUGCUAAUCAACAGAUGUGGAUCUGUCCAGCAUGCAUGCGUCCUGAUGACGGUAGUCCCAUGAUAGCAUGUGACCUUUGUGAUUAUUGGUUUCAUUGGACUUGUGUUGGUAUACAAGAAGCCAUAGAGAGUGACUGGUAUUGUGAGUUAUGUGUUUUAAGAAGAGAAGAAGGAUGCAGUGAGAAAAAGAAAAAACACAGGAAAAAGAAGACAUAAGUUUUUAAUUGAUUAACCACUUGACACUAAAAUAUUAUUCUUUAUAUUAGUGAUUAAGGGGAAUGGUUUUAAAAACAAUUAUGAGCAAAUUAAUGUUUACAGGAAAAUAUUAAUUUUGAGAGGGACAUCUUAUUAUUUUUGAAAACUAAAAGUAGGUUGAUAUGUAAAUAAUAGUUUUGAAUUAACCCUCUUAAAUUUAAAUUAGAAAUUGAUUUUAUUUUUAGUUAACAUUCCUUUUAUAUCAUUGAUUUUUCUGUGAUUUAGUAAAUUUAUUUGUGUUGUGAAAUUUUGUUUGAUCAAGGCAAUGCUAUUUAUUUAAUAAUUUGUUACCAAUGUAAUUUAUUUUCUUUAUGUCGAAGGAAGUUUCUUUAUUAUAUUUUAUUACUUUUCCUAUUAAUGCUUAUUUGUAGCCACAUAAGUAUAGUAUAAUCUACUAGAGGUACUUAUUAUAUCUGCUUCCUGGAUGAGCUCUCUGUCUCAUAGAGCUUUAUAAAUUUUUUUUCUUUUCUAUUUCUCAGCAGUCCAUGUAUUCUGCACGAAUAUUGUUCUCCUUGUUUUAAUUUUUUUGUAUUGAAACAAAUAAGGUAUGGUAACCAUUUAUUUUAUAGACCAGUCAGUCAAUAUUUUAUCUGUAGAGAAAUCUGCUUCAAAAAUUUAGGACUUAAUUUUGUUUUGAUAUUCAUUUUCUUUAAUAAGGAGAUAAAUAGUUGAAAUCUAUAUAUUAAGAUUUAAGCUAUACAUGUAAAUCUAUUCCAGUGGAAUCAUGUCUAGUAUCUUCCUUCCAAUUUCAUAUUCUGUGUAAGGGUGUCAUGUUUUCCUACCUCUUCUAUGAUUUAUAUCUGCUUCAAUUCUAUCACAUUUGUCAGUUCAUUCUUUUCUAUAUCACGGUUUUAUGGUAUUUUUAUAAAAAUUGAGUGGACUGAGAUUGGAAUCAUGUCUAAUAUCUUUCUUCCAAUUUCAUAUUCUGUGUAAGGGUAUCAUGUUUUUCUAUCUCUUCCAUGAUUUAUAUCUCCUUCAAUUCCAUCACAUUUGUCAGUUCAUUAUUUUUUAUAUCACGGUUUUAUGGUAUUUUUAUAAAAAUUGAGUGGACUGAGAUUGCAGUUGCUUACAACAGUUAAUGUUAGACCAUUAACAGCUUCAAUGGAUUGGUCCCUGCUAUGCUAUUGGCUUGAGACCUUCAGAAUGAAUUAUGUAGAACCAUAAACCCAGAUAUAACAGAAGCCUGAUUUACAUAGAUCCGGAAAGUUAUGUCAAAAAGAGAGAGCUCAGAAACCUAGGUAUCCACAUAUGAAAAAAAAAUAAUCCGGACAUUGAGUGGUUGAGAAGUACGGUGUGGUGAUCCAAGGAAAAGAUGCAUAUAUUUAGCUUUGCUUGAUAAAAAUAUGGACAAUUAUUCAUUGAGGAUGUAAAUUUUUUAUUAAUUAAAACUUGGAAAAAUAGGGCCAUAGGGGUGUUGCGCAUGAUGAUGUUUGCUGAAAAAAGUAACCUAUGAUCUGAACAUUUCUCGUCAGUAGUAAUUACAAUCCUUAAUUUACUGUUCUGUUGGAUGUUUUCAACAUUAAAUUAUGGUUGUUCUUAUUGGGAGUGGUAUGUGUCCCUGUCCUUCCAUCUGUCAAUAUUAUAAGUCUCAGCUUGGACCCUAAAUAUUGGGGGGUUCGAAAAUAUCUGUAGCCACUUGUUGAUAAUAUAAUUAGCUAAUUACAACAUUUUGUAAUUAAGUGGUUUGAAAGUACAUAAAUGUGUACCACUUCUUUGAGUUGUACAAAAUAUGUAUAUUGUUUAUUUAAUGAUUGGAUAUUUUCAUAGAGGAAUAUACUAGGCCUCUCUCUCAUUUUUCAGCAAAAAGCCUUUGGGUCAGCCAAGAUGUAUUAUUGCUGUUGGCUGUUUUUUUAAAAAUGUAAUAAGCCUAUGCAUAAUUAAACUAGUCAUACUUAAACUUUUUAAAUAUAUUUUCAAUUUUUUAUUAUUUUAUUUCUGCUAUACCUAAUUUGCUGUUAUUGUGGACAUGAAUGUUAGAAUUUAUAUUUCCUGUUUGUUAAUCUAGUCAUAUUGAUUUGCUAUGAACUAUUACAAAAUGGAAUAUUGUUUUAUGGAGAACUUAUGAAUUUGUGUCUCAAAAUAAUGUAUGUAUAUAUAUAUAUAUA